CCUGUUUCCACCAUCUUUUCAUAGACCCAUAGAAUUCUCCUAUAACUACAUUAUUUGCUCAUAACGUAUUGACGCGGAAUAUUUUCUGUUUCCACCAUCUUUUCUUAGACCCUUAGAAUUCUCCUAUAACUACAUUAUUUGCUUUUACGCGGAAUAUUUAUCAUCGAGCGAGAGAGGGAGAGAGGGAAAGAGAGGUCUGCUUAGCUGAGCAAAUUACGGCUAUGGCAAGCUCAGAUGCUGGAACAUCAUGGGGAAGCGAGUACCAAGUGUUUCUGAGUUUCAGAGGACCCGACACUCGAACUGGAUUUACCGAUGUCCUCUUUCAUAGCUUGAUUGACGUUGGAAUCCACGUGUUUCGAGAUGAUGAAGAACUCCGUGUCGGUGAAAGAAUCGAUGAAUCACUGCUGCAAGUGAUCAACAACUCCAGGAUCUACAUACCGGUCUUCUCUCGGAACUAUGCUUCGAGCCAAUGGUGCCUUUGCGAGCUCGCACAGAUCGUGGCAAACACCUUGAAAUCUGAAGGUAAUAAAGAGAUCCUACCUAUUUUCUUUGACGUGGAACCUAACGAUGUUAAAUUGAAGACCCCACUAUAUCACAAUGCCAUACUCAAUUUGGAGCACGAGAAGAAGUUGAGCAACGAGCAAGUAAAUGUUUGGAGAGAGGCCCUCAUGGAGGUUGAUGCCAUAAAGGGGUGGGAGGUGAAGAAAUACAAAGGCCACGGAGAACUAAUCAAAUUGGUAGUUGCGAAGGUCGUGGAAUGUUUGAAGUCAAAACAUAGAUUGGUGACUGAAUAUUUAGUUGGAAUCGAUGAUCAAGUAGUAGCAGUAAGCAAAUUAUUAGAUGUCGAUUCCGAUGGUGUGAGACUCGUUAAAAUUUAUGGCAUGGGAGGUAUUGGAAAAACUACACUUGCCAAGGUCAUCUUCAACCUACUUUCUUCUCAUUUUGGAAAGUGUUGUUGUUUCCUUGAAGACGUUCGAGAGAAAUCAUCAAGAACCGAUGGCUUAGUUCACUUGCAAAAAAGGUUACUAUCCGAAAUCGGCCAUCCUACAGGAACAAAGAACAUUGAUGAAAUUGAUUAUGGAAUUAAGAGGAUUGAAGAAAUACUUUGUAAUAAGAAAGUCCUUAUUGUACUCGAUGAUGUUGAUAACAAUGAACAAGUGGAGAAAUUAGUUGGAAAGGGUACUUUAUAUUCAGGAUCCAGAAUAUUGAUUACAACUAGACAUAAAGAUAUCUUGCAAGUCAAUAGACAAAAUCAUCAGAUUUUAGAUUAUGAAAUGGAGGUGAUGAGUGAUGGACAUGCACUUGAGCUUUUCAGUAGGCAUGCAUUUAACACAGACUUUCCUUCAGAUGAUUACAAUCAUCUUUCAAGGGAGAUUGUAUUUGCUACCGGGAGACUUCCGUUGGCUCUUGAGGUGAUUGGUUCAUUCCUCUGCCACAAACCACAAGAACUAUGGAAAGAGACAUUGCAUAAGUUAAGAAAAGCACCUCAUGAGGAUGUUUUUGGAAAGUUGAAGAUCAGCUAUGAUGCCUUAAAUUUCAAGCAACAACAAAUUUUCCUCGAUAUUGCAUGCUUUUUCAUCGGUGAAGAUAAGGCAAAUGCAAUCUACCUAUGGAAAGGUUGUGAGUUUUUCCCAGAUACAGAAUUGCUGCCCUCAUUGGCAUGUCUUUGGUGAAGAUCGUGGAGAAUGAUAAGUUUUGGAUGCACGAUCAACUUAGAGAUCUAGGAAGAGAAAUUGUUCUCCAAGAGAAUCCAAUAAAUCUUGAGGAGCGGAGUAGGAUAUGGAUUAGGGAGGAGGGCCUUGAUGCAAUAAGACCAAAGGAGAUAAACAAAAAGGUUCAAGCACUAUCCCUUUAUUCAUCUAGACAAAGUAUGCUUGAUGACUUUGUUCAAAUUAAAAGGAUUGGAAGGUUUGAACAUCUAAGGUUCCUUAAAUUAUCAAAAUUAACCCUCAUUAGAGAUGCAACAUUUCAUCUUCCCAAAUCAAUAUUGAUUUCUUUGAAUUAUCCUCUGCAAAAACGGACCAACAUGUACCUAAAGAAUUUAGUUGUUCUUGAAUUUGUCGACGUUAUUUUCGCAGAUGAUCCGGGAUUACAAAACUCACUUAAGGUGCGCAAUAUUCUUAUUCCUAUUUUUUUUUCUUGGAAAGUAAUAUUUGAUUGUUCAUCUAUUGAGUAUUGCAUUCAUUUUGACAGAUGGCAACAAAAUUGAAAGUUCUUUCUUUUGAAAAUUGUUGGAACAUAAUCAGAACACCCGAUUUCUAUGGAUGCCCGAAUUUAGAGAAGCUUAAUUUCAAAUGGUGUAAAGAUUUGAGGAAAAUCAGUGGCUCUAUUGGGAAGUUGAAGUGUCUGAUUGACUUGAGGAUUUAUAGCUACAAUUCUCUCAAACAUUUGCCUGAAGAAAUUGGGGACCUAGUGAAUCUACAAUAUUUUGUUGUAGAUUGUUAUAAAAUUAAGAGACUCCCAAAUUUCAUAGGGAAGUUGAAAUCAUUAUGUGAGUUGCACUUUAAAGGUUGCAUUUCUCAUAAUUUAGAUUCUGCAAAUUCAUGGAAUUUACCUUGUGUUAUUGAAAUGCUCCAUAAUCACUCUUUAAAAGAUCGACUUCCUUCUGGCAUUGGAAGUUUGCCCCUUCUAAGAAUCCUAAAUCUAUCAGGAACUUGUGUCAGUGAAGUUCCAAAGACCAUCAGCAUGCUUCCUUGCCUACAAAGAAUCGAGUUGAUGGGAUGCAAUAAUAUUCAAGAGUUGCCAACCCUCCCAACAAGUUUAACCCAUCUAGAAGUGUCAUCUAAAUUGUUGCGGGUAGUCUCGGAUCUUUCAAACUUGACUAAUUUGGUUGAGUUGUAUCUAUCAGGAACUCAUGUCAGUGAAGUUCCAAAGACCAUCGGCACGCUUCCUCGCCUACAAAGAAUUAAGUCGAUACGAUGCGAUACUAUUCAAGAGUUGCCGACCCUCCCAACAAGUUUAACCCUUCUAGAAGUGUCAUCUAAAUCGUUGCCGGUAGUCUUGGAUCUUUCGAACUUGACUAAUUUGAUUGAGUUGCAUCUAGUUGAUUAUGGAAAAGUAAGAGAUAAACUUUGUACCAAUGAGUUAGGAUGGAUUGGGAAGUUAUCCAAACUGACAAAAUUGACCGUCGGACUUCACAAUGCCCUUGUUCCUAUUGAGAUGGCUUCCCUUCCUGUGCUAAACAAACUUUUGUUGUUUGGAUUCAACCAACAAACCUUUCCGCAACUACCCCUAUCUCUGGAAAGGCUAAGGCUUGGAAAUUUCAAUUCAGCUGUGUCACUCUCUCCGAACCUAAGAAAUUUGUUAUGUUUAGAACUGUAUAAUUCUCCAAUGCAAGAAAUACAACUUGAUGGGCUUCAACUUCCACAGCUAAAGGAGUUGCGUGUGGAAGGCUGGCAACACCUUGAAAGGUUGAGGCUAUCAAGAAUGAGGAAGCUAAACGAUGUCAACGUGAAUUUGUGUAUGAAGUUAGUUGAGAUCCAAUUUUCUUGGGUGUUUGAAUCACUAGAGGCAUUGGAUAUUGGAGAUGGCGAGUCCUUGGAAAGGAUAGUUUAUGAGUCUAUAAUGAAUUGAUUAGUUGUGAAGGGAGGCUAAUUUUUCCAUCGACAGUCUUAAAUAAGUUGCAUACUCUCUCCCUGUGGUGUUGCCCUAAGAUACUCGACGUUCAAGUUGUGGGUACGUUGGAAUCGUGGGAACGCUUAGCCAUUGAGAGUUGUCCUUACUUGCAACGUCUCGGUGGUUUGUCAAACUUAAAGAAGCUAAAGUCUUUAUCAAUCAGGAGCUGUGAGAGGCUACGGGAUGUUGAGGGCAUCGACGAGUUGGAGUUUUUGAACCAUUUAUCACUUUAUAGUUGCACAUCGUUGGAAAGGUUGAUUGAUGUGUCAACCACCAAACUGCCAAAUGAUUGCCAUGUACAGAUCCAAAAGUGCGGGAGAUUACCUGGGGUUAAGAAAGGAUUCAGCGGCUCCGUCCAGUCCUUCAAGCAUUAUAA